AAAGGUCAAAGUUAACAUCCGGUCCGGCGGUAAAGCGUGUGUGCAGUUUUUGUAGAGCAAACGUUAUUGUGACGAAAAGACAUCAAAUCCGAUUUACACCUUUCCAUAAAAUAAUAAUACUAAAGAAAAAUGAGUUUACCGCUGAACCCAAAGCCAUUCCUGAACGGCCUGACAGGCAAGCCAGUGAUGGUGAAACUGAAGUGGGGUAUGGAGUACAAGGGCUACCUGGUGUCUGUGGAUGGAUACAUGAACAUGCAGCUGGCGAACACAGAAGAAUACGUGGAUGGAGCGUUGGCGGGUCACCUUGGUGAGGUGCUUGUCAGGUGCAAUAAUGUUUUGUACAUCAGAGGUGUAGAAGAAGAGGAAGAGGACGGAGAAAUGAGAGAGUGAUGUUGGUUAAGAGGACUCGGCCCCGAUGUUCUGUAUGAGUGUGACUGUACCUUUGUAGUUUGAGUUAAUGUGUGUUUGUGUUUUCACCAUGUGAAACAAAUGAACGCUUGGGGGUUUAGGUUAUUUUUUCCAGCUUUUUUUGAGAAAGAUUUUUUUUUUUACUGUACAUGAGGCCAAUGUAAUGUUUUGAUGUUAUAAUACAAAAACAAUAAAAUGAUUAUUGUACUCUUUCUUAAA